GUAUUUGACACGUUUGGAAGACUUGGAACUGAGUAUGUAAGGAAAUAAACAAAGAAAGAAGAAAAACAAAUGGCAAAGAAGAUGAUGAACGUGGAAGAAACAUAGGAAUCUCCAUAGCCAUUAAAAGCCACACAAUACAUGCUUCAAAAUUCCACGUCUCAUCCAUGCAUUGCUCUCUUAUUCCUUCAAAUACUCAUCCUUUCACCCACCACUUUUCUCCCCCACUCUCCUCUUUAAACAUUAUACUCAAAACCCAUAUAAUGAUGUCUACUAAACCACUCGUUUCCAUCCUCCUCCUUUCCCUCUUCCUCUUAGCAGUUGCUGCCUCCGACCACCAGUUCGACGAUGAAAACCAACGCCAACGCCCUUGGUUGCAGAGGUGCCGUCAGCAGAUUCGAGGAGGCGAAAGGCUGCGCCACUGUGAGAGGUUACUGACACGGCCCCGCCGCUUCCGGCAGCUGUUAGCAGCGGAGGAAGAGGAAGACGCAGUGGAGCAUCUGGAGGAAUGCUGCCAGCAGCUGAGAGGGAUGGACGAUGCAUGCCGGUGCGAGGGGCUUCGUCAGAUCAUACAGCGCCGUAGGCAGCAAGGGCAGCUGCAGGGGAUGGACGUUGGACAAAUGCUGGAAAGAGCUACAAACUUACCGUCGGUCUGCCGUCUCAGCCGACGCCGGUGUGACCUCCGAUCAACCACUCCAUUGUAGAAUAAUAAGAGGAAAGAAAAGAGAGAGAGAGAGAGAGAGAGCCCAUUGAGGUUGAACAAUCUGAAAAAUGGAGCAAUAAUCAAUAAAAUAUGAAGGCUCCCCAACUUAGUGGGAGAUCUAUGUACUAAUGUUUUAAAGAAACAUCACUUAGUUUCUUUUUUUUC